CACGCCUGACAAAUACUAUCAUCCUGCCUCGCCAAGGUAGGCAUGCCGCCUGUUUUACUUUCUCGCGGUCUUGACCCUUUGCUUGGAGUCUUCACUGGUGUUCUUGCCUACUACCUCUACGAAACGCAUCCCUCGAACGGGAUUUCCGGAAGACCAAAGGCUGAUGGAGCUCGCACGAUGGAAGAUGGACAAGUGGAGGCAGGAGAAGCUCGCCAAAGAGAGCAGUGCCGUCAAUGAAUGAAUUUGUCUCGGACGGAUACUGUCGAUAUCGCGUUCGAGAAUUGAGAUAACACCGGGUUUAAAUAACUCUACGUUGGCUCAGGGCAUCCAU